AUGGAAAGCAAACGCAAGGCCAAUGGGGCCUCCUCGGCUGAGAACGAUGACAGAAGCUCUAAGCGUCGUAGACUUACUAACGAUUUUGAUCUUUCCAAAGGCGAGACCGCAGAGUCUACAACAGCUUUUGGGUUGUCUUUUCUGGAACACCUUCGGAAAACUGCCGACAAAAGUGGCCGUCUAGUCGCAACCAACUUCGAAGAGCUACCUCCCCGCGAUGAAAACGAUGAAUAUUACGAAAAGACGCGCAUGCCCAUCUCGUUAUCGAUGAUCGAGACCAAACUAAACAACGGCGAAUUCAAAGAUCUCUCCGAGCUAGAGGGUUACUUCAAACGUAUGAUCAGCAACGCGAAGGAAUUCUAUUCUCGAAACACUCCAGAAUUCGAAGAUGCGGAACGAAUCAGAAAGGCCGUCAGCAAUUACAUGACCAAAACGAACCCAGCAUAUGAAGUUCGUGGUUACCAGGCCUUGCCGACUCCGUUCCCUGAUGAAGAUGGUGAGGAAGGUGGUGAGGAUGAUGGCGAGGCCGAGGAGGACGAUGAGGAUGAAGACAAUGAAGACGAGCCUGAAGAUGACGAAGAAAAAGAAGACGACGAAGACGAUGAGGAAGAAGAAGAGGAAGAAGAGCGGCCAUCUCGCAGACGAACCACCAUCACCCUCAAGCGAAAGGGCCCCGACCGUACGCCAGCCAGAAGAGCCUCAACAAGAGGUAAAGAGACGCCAAAGCCAGCAGCGCCCGCGGCAAAGCCCGACCACCAGUACGAAAAUGUGCCCUACAAGGGCUUGUCUUUCCAGCAAGCACAGGAGAAGCUCGUUGAAGAGCUUAUACGUCGUGAAGACCCAGGAUAUGAUGGUCCUUACUUCGAAGCUUUUGUUAAUCUACCGCCUCGCACCCUGAAGGAAUACUAUAAAGUCAUCAGCGACCCCAUGUCACUCAGAAAGUUGCAGCGGGCAACAAGGGGCAUGCAUGGUCGAGGUGGUAGCACAGGUAUCAGCGAUUUCAAGUCCUGGGCUGCUUUUGAGGAGAGAGCAAAACUGCUUUGGACCAAUGCCUACUUUUUCAACGAGGAGGGUAGCGAAAUCUACACUGUCGCACAAGAACUUGAGGAGUUCUUUUACGAACAAUUCAAACAAGCACGGGCUGACGUCCCUGAACCCGCGCAACCAAAGAUUAAACUCAAGGUAGGCGGAACCAGUGAUACCCCGACACCGGGCCCCAAGAAAAUUACCAUCCAUGUUGGAGGCCAGCGGGAUUCUGCAGAUUCGCCAGCGCCUGCUCAGCAAAAAGACAUGGCAAACGGUCUCAACGUAAACGGUACAACGCGCACUUCUACACCGGCUCUGGCUGUCAACCCCCAGCUGGAAAAGGCCAGAAGUGCUUCUGUCCUCUCUGCUGCUCCAUCUCCAAGCCCAUCUACACAAGCAGCCACGAAAGAAGAAUCCGCCCCUGUCGCAUCGCCGGCCGUCGUGCCACAACCACAGAACCCUCAACAAGCAGGCCAGGCUACAACUAUGGUUCCUACAGCCGCAACCGGUCCCGUUUUUGCUCCCAUUCCUAUCGCGCCACCUCAGCCAAUAACCAAUCCCUUGGUUAACGGUUAUAUGGACCAGAAACACCCUCGUCGACCCGGUAAAGGUGUUGAUGAUGCUCUCAUCGAAACCGUCAAGAUGCAAGUUCACCCAACCCUUCAGUCCCACAGCCCUAUACUAGCGACGGUCAAGCCAAACCCCAAGGAGAUGGAACAGUUUGCUACUGUCAACCUAGCGUCCCAUCUCACACGAAUCCUUGUCGUUACCGCGAUACCCAACCACUUGCAAAACAGACAGUACAGCUUGUGGACAUUAGUGAACAAGCAACCUCUCAAGCCCAUCCACCAUCAAGCUCCUGGCCAGCAGCCCCACGAGCGCGCAUUUGAGGCCAUGCUGCAUCAGGGAAUCAAUACCAUUGAGACACAUCUCAUUGCCGCUAUUCCUCGGGAGGAGCGGGUCCCAGGAGGUCCAGAGGUUGAGCUUGAAGUGUUCACCAUCACCGCCAACGUGCUGCGGAACUAG